AUGCAGACUCGCAGUCAAGCGCGCAAGAGCCCUCCCGAGGUCGUUUCGUACGACGGGGAAGGGGCGUACACCCGGACCACCCCCUCCGCCACUGGUCAAGGAACCCACAUUCGUUGGGAGUACCCCGACGAACCGUCUCCCCCCACCCGCACCACCAAGUCUGACAACACGGCGACUAGAGAUGCCCAGUCCAACCGCCUUACGAGCCUCACGAUCAACACCGACCGCGCGACGAGCGUCGAGUCUUUCAACUCGCUCUUCGAUGGGCCUCUUUCGCCCAUCUCAGAAGACAGCUCUUCAGCCUCUGGAGGCUCGUUCAGCUCGCUCUUUGAUGGGUCCUUGUCAUCCAUUUCUUCUGAGGGCUCUGUCAAGGAUUCAGAGCCACCUCGCACCCCGCCCCGUAACACUGCUGCUGUUCUCGCCGCUGACCCUGGUCCGAUUCGCACCACUCGCAACAAUACCCGUGCCAGUCCGCAGACCCCUCGACCCCUCCGGCGCACGAACGUUCAGCGCUGGCGCCGCGGUCCCACAGGCGAGCUCGCGCCGGUCUCGGAGACCGACAUCGACGACCCUUUCGCGCACCCCGCCGCCAGCAUCUUGGGCAUCCCUAACAGCUCCAAUGGGGCCAACUCGAACGCUAUCCUCGACGCCGCUCUCAGGCAGCCCGGGUCCAUCAAUGUCGACGAGGUCUUCGAGAACCAGCUCGCACAGAUGCAGCGCGUUCGAGAGGUGAUGAUGGAGGACAUGAUGGCGAUCGACAUGGCCUCGGACGAUGAGCACGACAUGGACAUAGAUUCGGUCCAGAUGCACCCUGGUCAGCAGACGUUGGUGGCUCCGGUUGCCUCUAGCUCGGGUGCCAAUCAGGUUGCCCCGAGGUUGGGCCCACGCGGAACGGAGCUCAUAGAAGAGUCCAACCCAAUCCCAGCUCCGCAGGCGAGUGCGGUCUACCCCCAACAGUGGGUUAGGAAUCAGAGUAGCGGGCUGCGUUCCUUCCCUACUGAGAAUUUGGAGAAUUGA